GAUGGUAUACCAUGGACGAUUUUGCCCUGGGAGAUUUCACUGCUGCAGAUUAUGCCUUGUUAGAAGGUUACCAUUAUGUGGAUGAUUGUGUCUUUGCUCCUGAAUUUAUGGCCAAUGAUUAUGUUCGUGUGACUCAACUUUACUGUGAUGGAGUGGGCAUGCAGUAUAAAGAUUAUACCCAAAGUGAGAGAAACUUAGAAUUUGACAUCUGCAACAUGUGGUGUAGUAAACCAAUUUCUUUCCUGCAAGAUUAUUGUGAUGCCAUUAAAAUAUACAUCUUCUGGCCACUUCUGUUUCAACGACAACACAGUUCUAUAAUAUCACGGUUGCACCCCUGUGUGGAGGCCAGCAAUUCUAAUGCUUCUGAGAUAAGUUUGAAAAAAUUACAACAUCUUGAGUUGAUGGAAGAUAUUGUGGAUUUGGCAAAGAAAGUUGCGAAUGAUUCAUUCUUUAUUGGAGGCUUAUUGAGAAUUGGUUAUAAAAUAGAAAAUAAAAUCUUGGCAAUGGAAGAAGCUUUGAAUUGGGUGAAAUACACAGGCGAUAUAACAAUUCUACCUAAAUUAGGAGCAGUUGACAAUUGUUGGCCUAUGUUAAGUAUUUUCUUUACUGAAUACAAGUACCACAUAACUAAAGUUGUUACAGAAAACUGCAAUUUGCUUGAAGAAUUUAGAACUCAAAAUUGUGCGGAGUGUAUAGAGCAAGGAGAACUAAUGAAAAUGAAAGGAAAUGAAGAGUUUUCCAAAGAAAGAUUUGAUAUAGCUAUUAUCUAUUACACCAGAGCCAUUGAAUAUAGACCUGAAAAUCACCUUCUUUAUGGUAACCGAGCUCUUUGUUUUCUUCGCACUGGACAGUUUAGAAAUGCACUUGGUGAUGGAAAGAGAGCCAUUAUUCUGAAGAACAAUUGGACAAAGGGUCAUUAUCGUUAUUGUGCUGCUCUUUCUAUGCUGGGGGAAUAUGACUGGGCCCUGCAAGCAAACAUAAAAGCUCAAAAACUCUGUAAAAAUGACCCUGAGGGAAUCAAGGAUCUAAUUCAGCAGCAUGUAAAGUUACAAAAACAAAUAGAAGACCUGCAAGGUCGACCACCAACUAGGAAUCCAAUUAAAGCCUUUUAUGAAAGCAGGGCCUACAUACCAAGUUUAUCAGCACCUGCAUUUAGUACUUCACUUAACUUUGUGGAGACUGAAAAAGAUUCCAGAAAAACUAACCACGAAAUGGCAAACGGUGGUAAUCAUAAUCUAAAGGUGGUAGAUGAAGCUUUGAGGGUAGAUGAUUGUGACUGUCAUCCUGAAUUUCUGCCACCAUCAGGUCAGCCUCCAAAAUAUAAAGGAAAACAAAAAUCCCGAAACAAUGAAUUGGAGAAGUUCAGUUCACAAGGGACUUUGCCAAUAGAUUUGAAAAACAUCUUGGAGAAACAGUUUUCUAAAUCCUCCAGAGCUGCACACCAGGAUUUUGCUAAUAUAAUGAAAAUGCUGAGAAGCUUAAUCCAGGAUGGCUACACAGCUCUGUUGGAGCAGCGCUGCCGAAGUGCUGCACAGGCCUUCACGGAGUUGCUCAAUGGUUUAGAUCCUCAGAAAAUAAAGAUGAUCAACCUUCAGAUAAAAUCUAUUCCAGCAUUUCUCUUUUUGUGUCAAUGAUCAUUGUUCUUAUUACUACUGAAGGAAUUAUCUGAAGCUGAAAACCAAUUUAAGAGGAUGAUUGAACACUACCCCAAUGAGGGACUUGAUUGCUUGGCCUACUGUGGAAUUGGGAAAGUAUAUUUGAAAAAAAACAGAUUCCUAGAAGCUCUUAAUCAUUUCGAGAAAGCAAGAACCUUGAUUUGUCGUCUUCCAGGAGUGCUAACUUGGCCCACAAGUAAUGUGGUUAUUGAAGAGACUCAGCCAGGAAAAAUAAAGAUGAUGUUAGAAAAAUUUAUUGAAGAAUGCAAAUUCCCACCAGUGCCAGAUGCCAUUUGUUGUUAUCAGAAGUGCCGUGGAUAUUCCAAAAUCCAGAUAUACAUAACUGAUCCAGACUUUAAGGGUUUUAUACGAAUCAGCUGUUGCCAGACCUGUAAAAUAGAAUUUCACAUGAAUUGUUGGAAGAAGUUAAAAACUACAGCCUAUAAUGAUAAAAUUGACAAGGAUUUUCUACAAGGAAUUUGUCUUACCCCUGACUGUGAAGGAAUCAUUUCCAAGAUUAUCAUUUUCAGUAGUGGUGGACAAGUUAAAUGUGAAUUUGAACACAAGGUCGUAAAAGAAAAGGUUCCUCCAAGACCUAUUCUGAAACAGAAAUGUUCUAGCCUAGAGAAGCUAAGACUGAAAGAGGACAAAAAAUUGAAGAGAAAGAUCCAGAAGAAAGAAGCAAAAAAAUUAGCACACGAAAGGAUGGAAGAGGACUUAAGGGAAAAUAAUGCCCCCAAAACUGGAGAGCAGAAAGAAACCAUAGACAGUGUUCAGAGUUGCCAGUUCCUUGAUGACAGAAUUCUGCAGUGCAUAAAGCAGUAUGCUGACAAGAUUAAAUCCGGUAUACUGAAUACUUCCAAGCUUCUCAAAGAAUUGCUUUCUUGGAAGGUUUUAAGCACAGAAGACUACACAACCUGUUUUUCAAGCAGAAAUUUUCUAAAUGAAGCAGUGGACUAUGUCAUUCAUCACCUGAUUCAAGAAAAGAAUAGAGUAAAGACCAGGAUGUUUCUGCAUGUACUGAGUGAGCUUAAAGAAGUGGAGCCAAAAUUAGCUGCCUGGAUCCAGAAACUUAACAGCUUUGGCUUAGAUGCCACAGGACCUUUUUUCUCUCGUCACGGAGCUUCUCUUAAGGAACUUGAUUUUAGCAUCAUGACAUUUCUCUGGAAUGAGAAAUAUGGUCAUAAACUAGGCUCUAUAGAAGGAAAGCAACUUGAUUAUUUCUGCCAGCCAGCAUCAUUGAAGGAGGCACGAUGUUUAAUAUGGCUGCUUGAAGAACACAGAGACAAAUUCCCAGCAUUGCAUAAUGCUUUAGAUGAAUUCUUUGAUAUAAUGGAUAGCCGCUGUACUGUAUUAAGGAAACAAGACAGUGGAGACUUGCCUUUUAAUUCUGCCAAGAUAAAGAACAAAGGCAAGAAAAAGAAGCCCAAAGAUUCAAAGCCUAUGUUAGUGGGGUCUGGGACAACUUCAGUAACACCAAAUAAUGAGACUGUCACUUCAGGUGAAGACCUUAACAGGCGCAGUUCAAAUUCUGCAGGCCCAUUUGUAGUGCCUGAUCAUCUUCGGCAAGAUGUAGAAGAAUUUGAGGCUCUCUAUGAACAGCAAAGUAAUGAAUAUGUUGUCCGUAAUAAGAAGCUGUGGGACAUUAACCCAAAACAGAAAUGUUCAACUCUGUAUGAUUAUUUCUCUCAGUUGCUGGAGGAACAUGGUCCCUUGGACAUGAGUAACAAAAUGUUCUCUGAAGAAUAUGAAUUCUUCCCAGAAGAAACUCAACAGAUACUAGAAAAGGCUGGAGGUUUAAAGUCUUUUCUACUGGGAUGUCCUCGCUUUGUUGUGAUUGACAACUGUAUUGCAUUGAAGAAAGUUGCAUUACGACUCAAGAAAAAGAGAAAGAAGAAAAACAUUAAGACAAAAGUAGAAGAAAUUGUAAAAACAGGGGAGUACUUACGAGUCAAACUACCACUGAAUCCAACUGCUAGGGAGUUUAAACCAGAUGUAAAUCCCAAACCAGCGUCUGACUUAUCUUCAGCACCAGCUUGUGAAGACGUGAAGCCCAAAACUGUAUCUGCUGUUUCUCCCAAACCAGCCUGUGAAGCUGCGAAGCUGGAACCAGUGUCCGACAGAUCCUCCAGAUCAGUUUUUGAGGACGAGAAGCCCAAAGGGGUCUCUUCUGAUUCUCCCAAACCAGUACCUGAGGAUGCAGGUCAAAAGGGAGUCCCCCCCAGUUCUCUCAAACCAGUUCCUGAGGAUGUGAAACCAACCUAUUGGGCUCAACCCCACUUGGUCACAGGAUACUGUACGUAUCUUCCCUUUCGUGGAUUCGACAUUACCCAGACACCACCAACGUAUAUAAACGUGAUACCGAGUUUGCCUCAGUACACUAACAUUUACACACCUCUGACUAGCAUUUCUCCUGAGUAUCAGCUGCAGAGAUCACCAGUGAUGCCAUCUUCUGUAGCCAGUCACAGACCGGAUAAAAGUGCUGCUGGGCAUUUUGAGGGUCAUCAUUCAAAUGCUGAGAAUGCCCCCUGCAGCCAGAUUGCCUUCAAAACACAGAGUCUUCAGGAUUCUUUGGGAAUGCUGGUAAAGCCACAGUGCAAUACAGAUGAUGCUGAUGGAGCCCAUACUGAGUCUAGCGGAAUUGAUGGUCACUCUGGAAACUCUGUCAACAAGUGGGAAGUAAAUCCAGAAAGUACUGAUGAAGUAACAGAUAUCCCACAGACACAGAUGGUUUCCAUGCAGCUGUCUUGGAAUAUAGCACAUCAAGAGGUCAAUACUGAGCCAUAUGAUCCUUUUGAGACAAAACAGGGGGAUAUUUCACAGAUUGAAAAGGAGUACCAAGUCUUACAAGAGAAACUUAAGGAAGCCUGUGAAAAUUAUGAACAGAGCCAACUCAAGGGCUCGGAAGAGACCAGGGACCUGGAAGAAAAGUUGAAAAGGAACUUAGAGGAAAACAAGAUAUCAAAGACAGAAUUAGAUUGGUUCCUUGAAGAUUUGGGAAAGGAAAUUAAAAAAUGGCAGCAGGAGAAAAAGGAAAUCCAAGAAAGACUAAAAGCACUGAAGAAGAAAAUGAAAAAGGUUUUAAAUGCCAGUGAAAUGUAUACCCAGAAAAGUGAUGGAAAGGAUAAGGAAUACGAAUUACUUCUGGAUCAGUCAUGUGAAAUCAGUAAUCCAUUUACAAACGAGAAAAUGAAAAUAGAAGCGUGUAUAAAGAAAGGGAAAGAGUGUUAUGAAGAGAGUCUUCAGAGAUCUGUGGCUGCAGAGGUAUCUGUGCUUGAAAACUGGAAAGAGAUGGAAAUGUACAAGUUAGAGGUCAUGGAAUCACAAGUAGAAGGGUAUCUUCAGAGCCUGAAGCUAAUGAGCAGCGAUUCUGCAGCAUAUCCUGAAAUGGAGUCUGAUGUACAUUCCUGGGAAUCCUUUCUUUCUAAUGUUAGAAAAGAAACUGAGAAAACAAAGUCUCAGUUUGAAGAACAAAUUCAGGCAAUUAAAAAUGGCUCUCUGCUCAGUGACCUUCCUAAAGUGCAGAUCUCCGAGCUCUUACUUCUUGCCUAUAGCACCAUUCAUCCUAAGUCACUUUCUGAGUCUUCAGGCGGUGAUAAUCAAGGUUCCUCCACACCUACAAGUCAUGGGACUGGAAACCAAACAACACUUCCCAAGGAUUCACGUCUGGUCUCUGCCAGUGAUGGCCCAGCAGGGGCUCCCUCUCCCCCAUUGCCAGGAUCGCCCUCCUGUCAGCUGGAAGUCACCCAGGUGCCAGAGUGUAAGCACUCUGGCCCUGCGCUUCAGUCAGAACAAAGCCUCGUGGCUGAUCAGAAACUAGCUGUUGCUCCAGGACGAGCUACCCGCUCAAGCCAGUCUCCAAAAAAGCCAUUCAAUAGUAUUAUUGAGCACCUGUCAGUGGUAUUCCCAUGUUACAACAGCACAGAGCUUGCUGGUUUUAUUAAAAGAGUCCGAAACAAAAAUAAAAAUUCACUCUCAGGAUUGAGUAUUGAUGAAAUUGUCCAAAGAGUGACAGAACACAUUCUAGAUGAACAGAAAAAGAAAAAGGCAAAUCCAGGAAAGGCCAAGAGGCUGGGUGAGCUCAGCUCCCCUGCUGCUUUGACCGAGGCCUCCCAGGGCCCGCCCUCCAUGAUUGAUGGGCCACCACCCAGAGCCGUGGGGCAGAAUGCGGAAGAUGUCCUUGCUUUGGGAGCAAAUUCUUGUGAAAUAUGCCAUGAAGUGUUCAAAUCCAAAAAUGUGCGUGUGCUAAAAUGUGGGCACAAGUUUCACAAAGGGUGCUUUAAGCAGUGGCUUAAAGGGCAGAACGCUUGCCCAGCCUGCCUCAGUCACGAUCUCCUGUCAGAAGACUAGCCUGCAGCUUCCAGAAGAGGCCAGCCUGCUAUUCUAGGUAGACACACUUCACUGAAGAGUCAUUUACUGGUUGUUGAAUUGGAAGAAUAACAACUUAGUACUUUUGGUAUAAAAGGCAAACAUUUGAAGAUUCUUUGCACUGUGUGUCACAGUGCUGAUGAAUGGAAAUCUUUAGUAUAGUUUAUACUGUUUCCCCACUCUGAUUAAACACUUCAAUAAUAGUCAAAUAGUGGCUAAUAAAAUUAUGUGUAACCACAUUAUUAUGUAAUUGGGGCUGCUUACAGAGGUAAUCCGAGGUGGAAGCUGCUUUUGGAAAGUACUGUGAACACCUCAAAGCAGUACUUGGAUUAUAACUAUUCUUGACCUAUUAUAGUGCCCCAGGUUAAAUUUUUGUGUGACAGUCAGUGUUCCUGAAAAUACGCUUACGUUUUUCUUCAAAGCUUCUGCAUUUAAAAAAUGGGCUUAAGCAAACCACAUUUUAAUAAUUUGUAAUCAAUGUUAAAUUACUGGCUGGUGUAGACCAAAAGAUUCAAAUCUCCUCUCCAUGAAACAUCAUGUGAUUUGAUUUUUCAUUUCAUUUAUUUCCCCUAGAAGAUCUGUAAAGUGCUUAUUUUUUAUUUUCUACAUAUGUAAUCUGUUUUUGAAAAUCGGUUACAAAAUGCUUUCUUAUUACUAUCAGCUAAGAUGUUUUUGCCCCUGAGAUCAAGGCUACAUACUCAUCACCCUACCCCAAAUUUGGAAUACCUUACUAUUCUCAUUAGUGGCAUUUAUCUUUCUUCAUGAGUUAGACAACAAGUCUCUGGGUGUCUCUGUCUAGCACACAGCAGGCUCUGUGGGGAAACAGUUACCAUCACCCCACCACCAAAAAGAGACACUUGUGUAAUUGGACAGUCCUGAGGUGUCCGUGUUAAAAUUGUUCUGUGUUCAAUAUUCAUGUGAAAUAAUGCAUGCUCUCUUGUACUGUAGCCUAGAAAAAACUGUAACUGCAUUAGAAACUUGAAAAAGUAUAUAUCUUUAGUGACUUAUAGACAAUAGUUAAUAUAGAAACAUGAAUUCUGGACACAUUCCAUUUCCUUCAAACAAUAAGUAUCAAAAAACGUUUCUCAGUGCGUUCUCUGUUUCCCAGAAAGCUCAGAGUCCAAGCUCAUGAGCUGAUUUGGUUGCCCUCCUCUGCUUUGGUUCCCAUGAGUUUUGAUGUCAUGGUGACUUAGUCCAUAGAAGCUCACUCCAUUUUUUGAAGCAGAUUCUCCAUGCAGGACCCUAAAACAUUGUCUGCAUGUUCGUGACGAAAACUGAAACCUUGUCGAGAUUAACUGUAGGUGGUAGAGACCAGUUUGUGGCAUCAGGUACAAGGGAAAAGAAGAACAGCUGGAGAAUGAGAGAACAUGGUUUGUACAUAACUUCAAGCAAAUACUUGUAAACAUGCCUUACAUGUGUCCUCUAAGUGUCAAAAUAAAGAACAAUCUAAAAUAAAAUAA